ACAAAACAACUUCGCUUCAGUGAAUGAGUGAAAGGAAACGAAAGAACGAACAAAAGUGUUAAAGAGAAAUGACAGCAGCUAUUGCUGUUCCUUCCCCCAAAUCCGCCAUUUUAGGGCAAAAACCAUUCUUUCGCAAGGACCCUGCUUCCAGUUUUCUCGGCCGCUCGCUUAAGGGUUUCGGUUUUCAGCCCAAAUCGAGGACGAAACUUGAUCCUCUCGGUUUAAUUGUUGCUUCAGCCACUCCAUCUAGUAGCAGCGAUGGGAAUGUCAGUGAAAGAUUCUACUUCAAUUUCACUGGAUUCCCUUUUCCCCUUGGCCCCUUUCUUAAUCGCCGCACUAUAAGAACUGAGGCUGUGAAAGGUUCUAUAUGGCUUUUUGAGCAAGAACAGGCGUUGGGUUUCAGUAGUGUCUCAACAAACAUUAGGAUGACAGUCAUCAAACUCAAAUCUGGAGGCUUAUGGGUCCAUGCACCCAUUGCUCCAACCAAGGAGUGUAUUCAGCUUCUGAAAGAGUUGGAGGCUCCUGUAGAAUACAUUAUUUUACCAACGUUUGCAUAUGAGCACAAAAUUUUUGUUGGACCGUUUUCGAGAAAGUUCCCACGCGCACAGAUAUGGGUGGCACCAAGGCAAUGGAGUUGGCCAUUGAACUUGCCAUUGGAAUUUUUGGGAAUUUUUGGAGCUAAAACAUUGAAAGACGAGGAUUUAUCUGCUCCAUGGGCUGAUGAGAUUGAGCAGAAAGUUUUAAGCUCACCAGAAGUUGGGAUUGGACCAUAUGUGGAGGUUGCUUUUUAUCAUAAGCGAUCAAGAACACUGCUGGUAACAGAUGCUGUGAUCUUUGUCCCGAGACAGCCACCCGAAUGCAUUAGCAAAGAAUCCUUGUUGGCAUCAGCAAAGAAUGGUUUGGCAGUGAAACUACUAAGUAAGGGAAAGGAAGUCCCUGAAGAGCCAGUUGUUGACAACAAGAUCAACCGUCAAAAAGGGUGGGAAAGAAUGGUUCUUCAGAUACUGUUCCUUGGGCCUUCAAAUCUCUUGGAACCUAAUGCUAGUUUUGCUCAAAUGUCACAAAAACUUAUUGUUUCACCCAUAGUAAAGACUCUUGUCUUCAGCAAAGUUCCUGAAAAGGUAAGGGACUGGAUCGAUCGAAUUGUCCGAGAUUGGAAGUUCAAGAGAAUCAUCCCUGCUCACUUUGCAGCUCCAGUAAAUGCAAGUAGUUCUGAUUUCUUAACUGCAUUCGGGUUUCUUGACGACCUUCUCGGCGAGCGCUAUGUCAACCGACCUUCACUCUCUCUUCUCUUCACAUCACUCAUGGGGAAGGCUGCUAGUUACUUUCCACCUGAUGAUAUGAAGACUCUAUCAUCCCUUGACCAGUUUUUAGUAUCGGUUGGAGCCGUGAAGAAGACCGUUUCGGGCAGAAAAAGGUAACCUAGGAAAGACAAUCUCUCAAAGAUACCAGAUAAAAUUUAGCACACUCGUAUAAUUCAGUAAUGUAGAUUCACCAACCAAUGUUCUAUCUUUGACACUUGAAUAUAGAAGGUAAUCUGAUAUCCACAUAUAAGAAAUGCUGGAAGUAGAUGCACAAGAAAAGUUAUAGUGCACAAUUCAUGGUUGCAUACUACUUUGCAUUCUUUUAUCUAUUCUGCAAAA